GUUUGUUGCUCAGUUGAAAUGUUCUAAAAUUAACAGUUUCUUUUCUUUCUUGCAUUAAUCAAUUUGAAUUGUGGUGAUCUUGUUAACUUUCAGGCAGUAACGGGGAAUGCAAUAGUUUCAAGAUGUCAAAGAGCUAGAAACAUAUUGGACCAAAGUUUAUGCGAAAUUCAGAAUAUGGUUCCAAUAACAUUGGCGGUUGAGGUUUGCCAAAUGACAUGCACUCUAAAUUUAUUUCCUUUUCUCCUCCUUUUAUUUUUCAUUUUACUAUUGUCCCAACCAGCUAUUUCCAGACGGGAAUUGUAUGAAUGUAGCAAAUCCUGCUGUUGCCUUUUUAAAUUUUAAUUACAAUUAUCUGGAUAAGUCUUUGCAAUAAUAAAUUAGUGUGCCCUAGAAUGUUCUUUUCUUUCUUAAAUUUGCAGUUAUUUUUAUUUUCCAUUUAGAAUUUAAUAGAGAUGAUAAUGGAAUGUUCUUGCAGAUUGCUCAAAUUGUGGAUGAUCUUAGAGCUGCAGUUUUUAUCUUGGACCCAUCUGAGGAAGAGGCUGGGAAGGUUGUGCUAGAAUUACUACAACCAAGUGCUACAGAAUCUGACUCAAUAGAAAAUGCUGAAAAGAAAGCUAUUCAACUUGCAGCUUUGAGGCUGCGUAUUACAUCCUCAAAGGAUAUGUUAGUAGAGAGAAGAUCUAUUAAGAAGCUGCUUGAUAAAGUUAGUGACAGUGACCCAAAAAAGAAGAAGAUCCUAAAAUACCUUUGUUAUCUUUUAAUGAAGCAUGGGAACUUGAUUCUGGAAGAGCAGACUGAGAAUGCCAGUGAUCAGCAAGAAGGGCCAUCUGCAUUGAAUAACCAUAGUGAUAAUUCUCUAUAUGAUCAAUCUGUUGAAGCGGGUGCAGAUGUGGAACGUGGGCAGUAUGAGACUCAAACUGACAUGUUAAGUAGAGCUAUACCCCCUGAGGAAUUUAAGUGCCCUUUAUCUUCAAGAUUGAUGUAUGAUCCAGUUGUCAUUGCAUCUGGACAAACAUUUGAAAGGAUGUGGAUCCAGAAAUGGUUUGAUGAGGGCAAUGAUACAUGUCCUAAAACUAAAAUAAAAUUGGCCCAUCAAUCCUUUACUCCAAAUGCUGCCAUGAGGGAUCUAAUAUCAAAGUGGUGUAAGCAGUGUGAAAUAACCAUUCCUGACCCAAAUGUGCGAUCAGUUGCAGAUCACUCUUUGGAAACUUCUUCCACUUCAAUUGCUAGUUUUGCCGGUUAUAUGAAUGAUUUACACAUUCCAGCAGAUAUCAGCAACAUAUCACUUGGAUCUUUAGAUAUUAGUUCUACUUCAGAUUACUCACAUGCCAAGAUUGUAAAUGGGUUAUGUUUGAAAUCGGAACAGAUGUCUUAUGAUCUUUGCAGAUAUCAGUCUUCCACAAGUGUAACUGAGACAGUGCUGGAAUCUCUGUCUAAGCUUGAUGAGCUUCAUUGGGAGGAACAAUGCAAAGUGGUUGGAGACAUGAAGGAUCAUUUGGAACAUAACAAUCAUGUUUUCCAGUCAUCUGAAAGUUCUCUUGAAUCCCUCCUCAAGUUUUUGAGAAGUGCAAAUCAUUCACACGAUACAAGGGCUCAAAGAGCUGGUUUUGAGCUGUUACUGGUGUUAAUUAGCAAAAACAGGGAUGGAAUACACUAUCUAGGUCAAGAAGCAUUUACGCUAUUGUCAUCUUUUCUCGACUCAGAGGUGAUUGGAGAGGCUCUUCAUGUUAUGGAACUGUUGUCUGAGACCCCCAACUGUAGAUCUAAGAUUGUUGCAUCCAGUGCUCUUCCUUACCUUGUGAAGAUUCUUGACUCACAUGUCCGAGAUUUCCAGGAACGAGCCAUUAAAAUCUUGUGUAAUCUGUCCUCAAUCAAUAAUGUUUGUUCUGAUUUGGUAUCCUUGAAUUGCAUCCCUAGAUUGGUUGCAUUCUUAUGUGAUGAGACACUAGCAAGACACUGUAUGGUCAUUUUUAAGAAUCUGUUGAAUAACCAAGAGGGUAGAGCUUCCAUCACUUCAACUACUGGAUGCAUUGCUUCUAUUGCUGAACUACUUGAGACUGGCAACCGUGAGGUCCAAGAGGCUGCAGUGACUGUUCUCCUUUCUCUAUGCUUGCAAAGUGUUCGACAUUGUCAGUUGGUCAUGGAGGAGGGUGUCAUCCCUGCCCUUGUCUAUAUAUCUAAAAAUGGCACUGAGAAAGGAAGAGCAGGUGCAUUAGAACUGCUGCGGAUCCUGAGAGAUAUCAGCCAUGACAAUGAACAAGGAAGCUAUGGAGCAGACCUUGUCACGUCUGAAGAUGCUAGCAACUCUUCCAAAGAAAAUAAGUCAUCCAGUAAGACAUCAAGGUUUCUUGGAUUUUUUGCAUCAAAAAAGAAGAAAUGAAACUUAUUCAUUGAUCUUGUUUUGUACAAAGAACUGCCCAAUGGAUACUUUCACCUUGCUUGAAGUGAUUUCCUUUUCUGGAAUGUGGCAGCAAUGUCAUCAUGUUAUGGCUAAGUGUAGUUAGUUGUUGAAAUGAUUUGUCUGCCUCACUAAUUUCCAAGAUAUAGGUUUUUUUUUUUUUUUUCUCUUUCCUAUAUUUGAUUAUUUAUAUGAUGUAUAUCUGCUGCCCUUUCUCACUAUCUACUUGAUAAGAAUGUACAGUUUUUCUAAAGAAGGGAUGGUAGCUAGCAGUGGGGCUGAGCUUAAGACUAACCUAAUGGUAGGGUAGUAAACAGCCUUCAUGGUCAUAUCCUGUCGAGACACACCCAUAUGAAUUGAGAAGAGGUCCUCCCAACACUUAUCCCACCAUUGGUCCCCCAACCUACCAUCACAUUCAUCACCAUGUCCAUUAUUCAAGCUUAUAAUUUACUGACACAUCAGGGUCCUUAGAUGUGAUGCUCUAUCUUUCUUUAUCAGUGCUAAAUGCCAUGUACUGAUAUUGCCCCUUAUAUUUAGCAACU